GAGGUGGGCCGUGCAGGAGAUUCUGGGCACGGUGGUGGUGGUGAUUUGGGGAAUCAACGUUGCUGAUUGCCAGCCAGGUGCUCAUGUCUUGGCAGAAACUUGUUCCAAAGAAGAGCAGGAUGAUAUCAUUUUGCAUUUUUGUCAUUCUUUGAUACCUUCUUUGAUCUAUUCAGUCUAUCUUCGAACUUGUUAGUACUGAAGCGGAGGACAAUUAGAGGCAAAGUUAUUUUGGGGAAAGAGGCUCACAGUCUAAUAUAAAAAAGAUAUAGAGAAGCAGAAUGUUAUUGCUGCUUCAUUGAGUGCAAAGCCUGGAGAUAAUAUAAGUCAAUGAUACCCCUAGCCCUGGACUUUCCCCAUGUUUACAUAGCUCAGUUUGUACUGGGGUCAGCAUUCCAGCUUAUACCUCCUCUGAGAAUGGAAGGUCUGGAGAACACAUGCUAAGGGAGGUGUCCAGAGUUUCUAAUUGAGCAUAGGAAAAUCACCUUCUGGUUUAUCUUGAUCUGCAGGACCACUUGACCUGCAAGCCUUUGUUUCAUCAUGCCUGUGUCGACAAGAGUAUGGCAUAGCCCUCAACCGAAGCAUUGACAAAUGUCCCUAUUGCCGGUGCACCGGGACAGAAGUGGCAGAGGAAGAGACUAUGGAUGAUAUUGUAUUCAGAAGUGACACAGUACUCUCUGACAUUCACUUACACACCCCAAAAGAGCGACAUCUCAUGGUGCGGUUGAAUGGGGUUGGACAGCCAGUGUUUUUAUCACAGUUCAAGCUCCUUAGGAAGCAAACUGAUGUGGAAUUUGAGAAGAAAUACAAGAGUGCGUUUACAAUUGAAAAUGGCAGAGGUGGCAGAAGAGGUGACGGCAUUCCACUCAUUCUUGGACAUAACAAAAAUGAAACGCCUUCUAAAGGAAUAGACUCUUUGCUAGAUGCUGAUGGUGAUUUGGAAGUUGUCAGAAGACCUCAGUGCACCUCCACCUCAGAAGCAGAGGAUUUGUCAAGGGAAAAGGUUUGUCCAAUGGUACUGAUGAAAGGAGGAGAAGACCUUUAUGAAGAGGAAGAGCAAGAAUGCAGAAACGACAUCAUUAAAAUAGAACACACGAUGGCAACUCCUCUGGAAGAUGUUGGUAAACAGGUUUGUAUCUCAUAUGAAGUACUGGUGCCUAAGGGGUUUUUGGUCAGGGGUGUAAAUUUACUUAUCUUCUGCUUUCCGCUCAAGGUAUGGCGUGGAGCCUUUCUUCUUGCUGAUUACAUCUUAUUUGACCAGGACGCGUUCAGAUGUCGCACACUCCUGGAGCUUGGAGGAGGCACUGGCCUCACCAGCAUUAUUGCAGCAACAAUUGCUGGAAGAGUGUAUUGCACAGAUGUGGGUGAAGAUCUUCUUGCCACCUGUGAGCAAAAUGUAAGAUUAAACAGACAUCUUUGGGAGCUGGCAGGAAGUGAAGUUAAAGUAAAAGAGCUGGACUGGCUGAAAGAUGGCCUUUGUACUGAUCCUGAGGCCCCCUACAGUUGGUCUGAAGCAGAGAUAGCUGACAUGUAUAACCAUGCCUCCGUGAUCUUAGCUGCUGAUGUGUUUUAUGAUGAUGACUUGACAGACGCCUUCUUUGGGACGCUGCGCAGACUCACCGGCUACCUAAACCGUGUGUGUACCAUUUACCUGGCAAUAGAAAAGAGGCUGAACUUCACCCUCAGAAGCAUGGACAUUGCAUGCGAAGCUUACAAUCAUUUUCGAGAUGCUCUGUCCAACUUGGCCAGCCUUAGAGAUGGUGAAAUGAAAUACACUGUUGAGCCUGUCAGACUCGCUUUCUGCCAGUCCCUUGUUUAUGAACGAAUUGAGCAGUUGGAGCUGUGGAAGGUUGUUGCUGAACCACAGACAUGAUGGACAGCAGAAGAAUGCCUUUCUUUGGGGUGGUGAUGGUAUCCUAAGACUUUUAGCACAUCCACAUAGAGCUGCUUUGGAGAAAGCAUGCGUUCUGUGGGAACGGUUUCAGUGACUGAAAAGGAUACUGUCUCAUCUUGGUUAAAUAAAUAUUUAUAGCAGUCAUAGUAGUUUGAGGCUGAAGUGGGUUACUAGUCUGUGUUGCUCCAUGUGAUGGGAUUUUUUUUUUUUUGUCAAGUUUGAGAAAUGUCUUGAACAUAGUGGCUGUCAGCGUGCUGUGAUCUUCCUUGAUAGCAGCUCUCUGAGGUUAGAAGUAGCAUGGCAGCAUAUACUAAUUGAGCGUGGUGAAGAUUUUCUCUGAGCAUACUGGCUCAUUUGGAAAGGCCAGAAAUGGACAAAUGGAUCAUGGCAGAUCUAGUGAACAACGGGUUGGUCAGUCUCAGCAUAACAUGAGGGAGCCACAGCACACAGUUGGGAGAACUUGUUAUCAAGUAGUUGGAGGCUGAGCCAGCACUGAUGAGCAUCCUGGGGAGGGGUCUUGAGAGAAAGUCGUGCUUAAAUAGGGUGUUCACCUGUCCCAGUUUAGCCAGGACAGUCCUGGAUUUCAGAGGCUGGUCCCAGCCAGUUGUUGAGAAUUAUAAGGGGUAUUCCAGAAAUGCAGGGGCAUAGAGCUCAGUCUAGCCAGGAGCCAGAGCAGUGCACCUGGGUGGAGACAGGGGAAGGGUAGCGUCCUGAAGGUCCCGGGUGUCCCAGGUUUCUUUGUGGUCAGCUUAUGUUUAAGAGACUCAAUUUCUGUAGGCAGUGGAGGGCAAUUGGUCUGCCUCAUCUUUCAACAUUCUUAGUAAAAGGAGAUUAAGAUGUGAUGUGAUCAAUUUUUACAGGAUGCUUGCAUGGAAAAUGCAAGGGAAGGGGAAAAGCCUUUUAUGUAACCAGGAUUUUUCUGUCAGAUGAAAAUGCAUUUCGGUCCCACCGGACAACUUGAGUGCAAACACUGAAUCUCCAAGUUCCUCCUGCAGAACCUGAAUUCUUUCAAAGUAAGUUGUUACAGGUAACAUUGCCAUGCCAACCACCAUUGACCCAACCAAAUCCUGAUCCCAGCCUUUUAUGACGACUCCCUGCUUAUGAUAGUGUUAACCCAAUUCCAGCAAGUAGCUCCUAUAACACAUUCAAACCAGGCAGUUAGGAUUCCUAACCUCCUUUGUCCAGGCAGAUUUCAGCCAACAGGAAACUUGUCCUACACAGCAUCCAAUAGGGGAACAGAAGCCAACCACCAAUCUUGUGCCUUUUCUUCUCACCAAGAACUUCACUUCUCUUAUUUAAUUAUGGCACAAGCUGGUUGCCAAGUUCUCCACUUGUAGCAAUGAAACACCCCUUGGCCAGUGCAAAAGAAAAAUAUUGUUAUCUGGGAAGCUUCCAGAAAUCGAGCAAUGAUGCAGAUAUUGUAGUAUUCCAUUACCACCAGCAACAGCAUACCUCUUUCAUGUAUACAUUGAGGAUCUUUAUUUUGGGCCGUAUUUAAGCAGAAGUUGCUGCUGUUGUACCAAAAGACACUAAACUGCUUAAGAAGGAAUUUUAAAUGGGCAGAGAAAAAAAAGCCAAGAACUCCUUAGAUUGUCUCAAUUUUUGCCCUUUGUGAUUACUUCAGAAUCCCACUACCAUAUCUCCAGGAAAUUGUGAAGCAUCCUUAAUAUUCUUUUGUUAGUUACUGAAAGUUACAUUGGCUAGUUCUCGACCUCUGAUGUUCCCUGCCAUUAGACAUCCACUAAGUAGAGGACUGUCCAGUCCAGCCAUCUGCAACAUCUACGGUUGCCCCAGCUAAUAGCAUUCUGUGCAGGCCAGGAUAAGAAGACAGUACCAGGGACAUCCUCUUACUUGAGGGCUACUAGGAAAGAGGGCAUUCUUUCUCGAGGCUCCAGAAAUGCAGGCUGGGAAGAGGCAAUGCUAGUAUAAUAUAUUGGCUUCAAUCAUAUCUCCACACAUGGCAAUUUCCAGCAACGUCCACAAUAUAGAUUCAUGUUGCUACAUAGCAGCCACACUCAGUAGAUCUGAAUGCUAAGAGAGUUGGAGCAUAUUAGGUUUCCACACCUUUAAUGUGUCUCCAGAUUUACCAAGUUUUAUGGAUUCCUCAUCAGAUUUCCUUCCAGUUAGUCAUUCAGUACACAUCCAUUAGGUGUCUCUACUUUAUUCUCAGUUUCUCCAUGUUCACACUGUGUAUGGGAAUGUUAAUGCAUACAAUGCUUCAAUAAAUCUCUUUCCUGUUACGC